CGGAGACAGAGGGCGUGAUGAGGCAGUGAACGAAAAACCCUUGACUGCGGUUUCUUAUGCCACGCCCUGUAGGGUUUCCGCUUACCCGUGGCGCGCACGGCGGCCGAGUCGCAAAUGUAUUGGGCCCGUGGAUCUCUGUGCUUCCAUGACGCGUAAAGCGGGAAGCUACUGAUGCAGUGCAAUGAGUGGCAUUGCCAGUCCUUGGUUGCAGAAUCUCGGCUGCAUGCUUCGUACCGCGCACUUCCAUGACGCAUCUCGACUCCCGAAGCAUCGUCUCCGCCAUCGAGAUCGUUGUGUACAUCCCGUUGGCAGCUCUGAGCGUGUGCCUGCUCGUCAAGUAUGGCUUCAAGCGCGAAGGAUGGCUCUAUCUCUUGAUUCUAUCAAUCAUUCGAAUCGCCGGCGGCAUAACACACAUCAUCGCUCAAGAACAGGCGAAUCCAAGCACAACCCUUGAAACUGUAGUCACUAUCCUGGAGACGUCUGGAGUCUCACCGUUGCUUAUCGCUACCGUCGGCUUCUUGACGACAGUGAAGCAAAAUGCGUUUGAGGACGGACAUCUUCUUCACAAAGGAUUACGGCUCAUGGGGCUGCUUUCCUCCGUCGCCCUUCUCCUCACCAUCGUCGGAGGCGUGAACAUCGGAUCGAACACAUCCAGCGAUGACGUCUCGAAAAUUAACAGUGGCAACAACCUCAGGCACAUCGGUGUCAUUCUCUUCGUCGUACAAUUCGUCCUUACCGUUCUGGUCACCUUCUUCAUUUGGAGCAAGAUUAGCCAGAUCAUGAAGCACAGACGCACACUGCUGAAGGCGAUCACACUCUCGCUUCCCUUCCUUGGUGUACGUGUCCUGUACACUAUUCUUUCGGCCUAUUCCCCUCUUGGUAUCCCAGGGGUCACCAGUGGGUCGCCAAGCCUCGCAAAGUUUAACAGCACACGCGGCGACUUCGGCAUCUGGCUCAUCAUGUCGCCCAUCAUGGAGUUCAUCGUGAUCGUUAUCUAUGUGACCGUCGGGCUUGCUACCCCUCUGCAGAACGACUACUUUGUCGGAGGCAAGGGCGAAAGCUUGGAGGACGCGACACAGCUGAACUCCAGUGCCUAUGCACCAAAUCCGAGCCACGGACCCUCUGCAUCGAGCGUCUCUGUCGCGAAGCCGUACACCGGUGGCAGUGCAUACGCGCCGCGCCCGGGAGUUACUUAUGGGGCAUGAUAGAGAUUUAUCGGGGAGGCUUAGGGCCGCUUCACAGGACUUACGAGAUAGAUAUCAU